AUGUCCUCUCCCGGUGCCUCCCAUAUGACUACUGUCGGCACAGCUCCUCAAUUUUUUGUGGCAUUUGGUGGAUCCAUCGCCUCACCAGCCCUCGCCUCCCCACCCAACGUUCAUCUUGGCUCGCAGGCUACCGGACUGAUCAACUUGGGCAUUGAACUCGCAAACACUCGCCACCAAGCGGCUCAAGCCCACCUACGCCAUGUCGAUGUGUACCAAAAUCUGGUGCACGCUAACCACAUCUCCGACGGGACGGUUCGCGGGCACGAGGCGGUUCAGAUGGCAAGGGAUGAGGUCUGGGAGGCACAGCGUGUUGUACAAAGGUCUCAACGAACGUUGGACUACUUGCUGAUCAUGGCUCAUGCGGUGCAGACGGGUUCGGGUGUUCAGACGCCCGCUUAUAGCCUUCAAGGCAGCCACAGCAACUCUUUCAACAACAAUAUGGUGCAUGUCCAUCAAGCCAACCAAAGCAAACUGCCUUUCGACUUUUUCAAGUUCGUGCAGAAGACAUUGAACGUUCCCAGCUGCGGUAAACUUUUCCCGGGGGCGUUCAACAGCAGCUAAGGAUGGGGCGGACGUGGACUGAGGAGGGAGGGCGUGGGGCAGCGGAGGUGGUCAAGGAUGCAAUUCUCUUACAUUGUGGUAGAAGUACUUAGUCACAUUCAAUGU